CUUCUGACACGCUGUGGGUCUUGGGAAAUGUAGUUCGGUACAGCUCAGGCUCACGUUUGGCCAAACCGCACGAUAGCGGACUUUGAACUACAGCGUGGUCACGUGUCGGCGAAGCGCCGCGGUCCUCGCUGAGAGUGGGGUAAACACGGGGCGGCAUGAGUGUGAGGGAGGUGAUAGGUUGUGCGGGCGGUGUUGAGGCUGUGUUCUCGCUGAACGCUGCACUGUACUUUACACUGAUCUGCUGCAGUGUAUGACGGUAUAGCAGAGACAGCGGGCGGCUCCGAUGGGUCCUGAGCCGGAGAGUUCGCUGGACCCCCGGGUAUCAAAGUUUCUCCUGUCUGCGUUCGCCGCCACUGUUGCAGAACUAGUCACAUUCCCCCUUGAUCUAACAAAAACGAGGCUUCAGGUUCAAGGAGAAGCUGGUCUCGGAAAGCAUGUCAAGACUGGAGCUACCCGAGCAGUGCACAGGGGCAUGCUGAGCACAGCUGUGGGAAUAGUGCGUGAAGAGGGACCUCUGAAAUUAUGGCAAGGAGCUACACCUGCUAUCUACAGGCAUAUAGUUUAUUCAGGUGGGCGGAUGGUUGCCUAUGAGCAGCUCAGGGAGUCUGUCUUGAGAAGAUCAGAAGAUGGCAGCUUUUCAGUUUGGAAGGCUGCAGUUGGUGGCAUGGUGUCUGGCGCCUUUGGUCAGUUCCUGGCUAGCCCCACUGAUCUAGUCAAGGUACAGAUGCAAAUGGAGGGAAGAAGGAGGCUGGAGGGAAAACCGCCCCGAGUACGUGGGGUUUACCAUGCCUUUGUGAAAAUCAUCUCAGAAGGCGGUAUCCGAGGCCUUUGGGCAGGUUGGGUGCCCAACGUCCAGAGGGCUGCUCUGGUCAACCUAGGAGAUCUCGCAACGUAUGACAGCGUGAAGCACCUUCUAUUAAGACAUACCUCAAUAGGAGACAACUGGAUUUGUCAUGGAAUGGCAAGCACUUGUUCUGGUCUGGUAGCAGCUACAAUGGGAACACCAGCUGAUGUGGUUAAAACGAGAAUAAUGAACCAGCCUCGGGAUUCUAAUGGAAGGGGUCUCCUGUACAAGUCCUCUAUAGACUGCUUGGUCCAGUCUGUCAAAGGGGAGGGAUUUUUAUCGCUUUACAAAGGCUUCCUACCAACCUGGCUGAGAAUGGCUCCCUGGUCGAUGACGUUUUGGCUAACCUAUGAACAAAUCAGACGAGUGGGGGGCAUCAGCUCAUUCUGAAAAUUUCAAUGAAUGGAGUUUUGAGAAUAAAUUAUGAACCCCCUUCGUUUGUUGCCAUGAGAACCUUCUCAGACCUGUCCAACAAGAUCUGUAGAACACAGAUUACAUGUGUGAUAACAGAUACAUGACCUGACCUGUGCACUAUGCUAACCAUAACCUAGAUAGGAUCUAGGGUAGCCAUGUAGCCAUUUACUUUACUUUACUAUACAAAAUAACAGUGAACCUACAUGUAUCCCAUGUGUAUGAGUUUUACACACACCCGUGGACAAAAUUAAAACCUACCAAAGUAGGCUUUGCUGGUUUGUGGAUCAAAAAUGAGCAUUUGUGCUGUUAUCUUUAUUGAGAUAUUAAACAUUUGAUUUUCUGUACUGUUAUGUAACACAGCCCCUCAUCUGUUGGUUAGUGCUGCGUUUGUGCAGCAAAAAAAUGUGUUUGUGCUCUCAUCGUUAUUGAAAUAUUAAACAUACCUUAAUACUGGUUAAA